AUGUACCAGUCAAAACCAUUGAAAGGAACCCAGCAAUUUACCGACUGCUCGGCCGUACCCUGUCCACCUCCGAAAGGCAAACCGUGUGGAGGAACAGACGAAAAAAUAUCACAACAGACGGAGGAAAUACUGAACUCAAUUCUUCCACCCAGAGAAUGGACUGAAAACGGACAACUGUGGAUACAACAUGUUUCAAGCACACCAGCUACUAGGCUGGACGUAGUUAAUCUGCAAGAGGAGUUGGAUAGACGCCUUCAACAAAGACAAGCACGGGAAACCGGAAUUUGUCCUGUUCGACGGGAGCUUUACUAUCAGGUUUUUGAUGAGUUGAUAAGACAAGUCACGAUAAAUUGUGCCGAGCGAGGAUUGCUGCUACUUAGAGUACGAGAUGAGAUUCGGAUGACAAUAGCCGCUUACCAAACGCUAUAUGAAUCAAGUGUUGCAUUCGGAAUGCGAAAGGCACUACAAGCCGAGCAAGGUCGAGCGGAUAUGGAGCGGCAAAUUGCAGAUUUGGAGCAAGAUAAACGAGAUCUGGAGCGACAAGUUCAUGAGUUGAAAACAAAAUGUGAACAUAUCGAAAAGCGAGCAGCAGAGCAAAGACAACUGGAGGAGAAGAAACACCAGGACGAGAUACAGUUUCUCAAGAGAAAUAAUCAACAACUCAAGGUAUCGAUUAUUAACUAUUGCAACUAUUCAAACUUAGUUCAAAAUAGAAUUAGGAUUACAUAA